CGCCGCGGCCGCCUCGCCGGGGUCUGAGAGCGCCGAGCCGCAGGGCCCGGCCGGGACUGCCGGGGGCGCGGCGCCGACGCCGAGGCGCGGCCAUGGACGGGAAGACCCGCGCCGGGGUCGCGCUGGUCCCGGGGCCGAGCGGCCGCGGGCCUUCCGCCCGCCGCCGCCGCCCGGGGCUGCUGCUCCCCGGCCUCUGGCUGCUGCUGCUGGCCCGGCCGGCCUCGUGCGCCCCAGAUGAGCGUUCUGCGGCACAGCACAGCCUUCCCGCGCCCUCCGUGGAGCUCCCGCUGCAGAAGAGCACCGUGCGGAGCCCUGCACACUCGGCCUUAGCGGGAACCGCCCCGGGGCCCCGGCCCAGCCGUCCCCUCCUCCGUGCCACGCCAUCCCCAGCCGCCACUGCUUUGGAUGCAGCCUUUUCAAACCCAGGACAGCUGACCCAAAGUGCAGCGGAUCACAGCAUCUUUGUGGCGAACUCCGUGUCCGUGACGAGCAAUGAGGUGGUCCUAGAGGAUGAAGAGAUAGAGAACUUCUUGCCAGAAACUCAGUGGCCCACCUCCCGCCUGGUUUCCCCAGUGCAGUAUGUCACAACUGGCCCGCCAGCGCUGCUGGGAGAAACACGGGACUCCGUGCUGACCCCGUCCUUGCCCGUGGUUUCUUCACAAGAGGAAGAAGUGGCAUCAGCCUGGGAAGGCACGGUGCACCAGCCAACGAUGUGUGCUGAUUCCCCGAGUCACAGUGGCGCUUUCCAGGCGACUUUCCUCCCUGCCAAGGGCAUGAUUCCAACUCCCAGUAGGAAUUUGGUGCUUUAUCCUCCUGAGCCUCAUGGGCAGUUACCGAGCAGGACUCUGCAGGAGACCGCGGCCUCAGGGACCGAGGGUGCUGCCAGCCUCCUUUUCAGCUCAGCGUCUUCUGUGUCUCGGCCAGGAGGUGACGGCGUCACCCAUCAGCCAUCUCCCCCCUCGGGGGAGGUCUCAUCGCCUCCAGAGGAUGUUCUGGCCACAGGUGCGGACAGCUACCCUGAGGGGACCACUGCUUGGAGUCAGAGGCUAGGAGAAGACGUCUCUGCAGGAACAGAUUCCACGGCCACCGUAUUAUCCCAGACAGCCCUUGCUUUUGGAGGUGGUGGCAGCAGCAGCAGCAGCAGCAGCGGCAUAAAUUCAGCUUUGUCUUCAAUUCUCCCUGCGUCUGUGUCCUUUUCUACUCAAUCAGCGAAUGUUUCCCAUAACCCCGUUCUUCCCAGCCACUCCAGGGACGCGUGGGAAGUGCCCGGCAGUUCAGUGGUCCCCGGGCACUCGGGCGGCACCCACGCCUGGAGCCCCGCGACUCCGCCCAGACCAUACACGUGGUGCGCGUCCUGCACCCUGGCAUCCCCACGGCACGAUCUGUCCCCGAGCCUCGUGGAGAAGGACGUGGGGUCGGGGGACGGCGCGGAGACCGUAACCGGGUGGGACGCGAGCAGCAGCGUCUCUCCGCUGAGCAGCGCAGUGGCAGAUUUCGCCGAGUUUGAGGAGGAGCCUCAAGACUAUGAUACACUCUUCCCCUCGAGACCUACGGUCCCGCUGUCUUCUCCGUCUGCGGGGAUCUCCAGAACCAGCGCCGGUCUCGCAGCGGAGGUGUCCGGGAGCAGUGCCCCGUCCGCCCCAGCGUCUCCUCCCCCUGGCCGCCUCUCCCUGCCAGCGUCGCUCGACACGGCUUCCUCCGGCCCCAUCUCUGUCAUCGACACUCAAGGCGCGCCGCCCAGUGUGACAGCCGUGUCUCCCUCGCUCACUGCCGGUGCUCCCCUCGCCUCGUCUUUCUCCAUCACGGCACACGCCCCCACGCCCUCACUUGCUCCCGGAGACCCAGCUCCCUUUUCUCCUUACGGUUUGGAUCCCUCGGGGGAGGCUUCGUUUUUCCUGGACCGAGAGCCUGCCGGUGUUUCCCGCCACAACACUGGGAGUACGCCGGAGCUGGCCUCGGGCUUUUUCUCCACGCCGCCCCUGGAGGCCAGCCUGGAGGCCAGCCGCACAGGGCCUCUGUCUUCAGGGCUCCCUGUGACUGCGUCUGCGCCUGCGUACGCGUUGGCGUCUGCGCCGGCGUCAGCGUCGGCCUCGGCGUCAGCGUCGGCGUCGGCGUCUCCGACUCCGGGGUCGAGCCUUCUGUCAGCCCUCUUCACCCCUCAGGACUUUUCUGCCCUGGUUGAGCCAUUUACGUCCUCCGACUCAACCAGUCUGCAGCCACCUCAGCCUCCUGUUCCUAGUGCCACGAGCCUGGAGUUUUCUCAGCUGUGGCCAAGGUCAGACCUCCUUUUAAAUGCAUCCACUUUUCUACCCGGAGGCUCGCGACUGUCGCUUCUGUCAAGCCUCCCGUCUGAGUCGCUCACGUUCUCUGGAGCACCAGCGGUUUCGCCGGCAGACUCCGAAGCUCCUGUUACCUCGGCCGGCGCCGCAACUACCUCCGGCUUGGAGUUCCCACUCCCGACCCGGGAGCCCGCAGCCCCAGCCUCGGUGCCCUCCAGUUCGGAGCCCGUCCUUGACCUCUGGACUCCGGGACCUCGCCUGACGUCACUUUGGAGUGCUCUUCCUACAACACCCCCUCUAGUGGAAUCAUCCCUCUUUCCGACUCCGUCACCUUCUGACGGCGACCUCCGUGCUGCGGGCGCUCCCACGUCUGUCCCGUCCUCUUUCCCCAGAGGCGUUCCCACCGCCACGGUGCUGGUCACGGCCACGGCCACGUCCCCGUUGUCGUCAGCGUCCUCGCUGGGUUCCGAAGCGACCCCGGCCCCCUCGCCCACGGAGCCUCGGUUCGUGGGCCGGUCCUUCUCCCCGACAGAGGCGGCGAGGAACACCACCGCUGUUCCGGGCGCAUCCGGUACCAGUGCUGCCCCCUACAGCGCUGUCGGCACCACCAUCCCGAUCGGCAGCCCCGAGAGCCAGGGUCCCCACGAGAGCAGCGCGGCUCCGCCCUCGCCGUCCCUCCACCCCGUGUCCACCCCCGCGCCCGAAGCCACGGCCACUAUUCCAGCGGUGCUCACCACCAGGCCGCCGUACGUGUGCGAUGUCACGGUUCCCGAUGCCUACUUGAUCACGACUGUGCUGGCCAGGAGAGCCGUGCAGGAGUACAUCAUCACGUCCAUCAAGGAGGUGCUGAGGGUCCACUUCAACCGCGCCGUGGAGCUCAAGGUGUAUGAACUGUUCGCCGACUUCACUUUCCUGGUCACAUCUGGCCCCUUUGUCUACACGGCCAUCUCCGUCAUCAACGUGCUCAUAAACAGCAAACUCGUGCGCGACCAGACGCCUCUAAUCCUGGCCGUGAGGCCGUUCCUUCUUGCGCCGGAGUCCAGGUUCCAGGUUCAGACAGUCCUGCAGUUUGUGCCCCAGAGCGUGGACACCGGCUUCUGCAACUUCACCCAGCGCAUCGAGAAGGGCCUGCUGAUCGCGCUCUCCGAAGUGAGGAAACACCACCUGGGCACGUACAACUUCACAGUGCAGAUCUUGAAUGUUACCGUGGGCUCUUCGAGGGUGGCUCCUCGCCGGGGCCCAGUGAACAUCGUCUUUGCCGUCAAGAGCGCGCAGGGGUUUUGGAACGGGACCCAAGUGAGUGCGCUGCUGCGGAACCUGAGCGUGGUGGAGUUCAGCUUCUACCUGGGCUACCCGGUGCUCCAGAUCGCCGAGCCCUUCCAGUACCCGCAGCUCAACCUGUCUCAGCUGCUGAAGUCGUCCUGGGUAAGGACAGUCCUCCUGGGGGUUGUCGAGAAGCAGCUUCAGAACGAAGUGUUCCAAGCCGAGAUGGAGCGCAAACUGGCCCAGCUGCUGGGCGAGGUUUCCAGCCGAAGGCGGAUGUGGAGAAGGGCCACCGUCGCCGCGGGCAACAGUGUGGUGCAGGUGGUGAACGUGUCGAGGCUGGAGGGGGACGACAACCCCGUGCAGCUCAUCUACUUCGUGGAAGAUCAGGAUGGAGAGAGACUGAGUGCGGUCCGGUCUUCAGACCUGAUUAACAAGAUCGACAUCCAGAGAGCAGCCAUUAUCUUGGGUUACCGAAUUCAAGGCGCUGUAGCCCAACCCGUGGACAGGGUGAAGGGGCCGUCGCCGGAGUCCCAGAGCAGCAACCUCUGGGUCAUCGUGGGCGUGGUCAUCCCCGUGCUGGUGGCGAUGGUGAUUGUGGUCAUCCUCUACUGGAAGCUGUGCCGCACGGACAAGCUGGACUUCCAGCCGGACGCCGUGGCCAACAUUCAGCAGCGGCAGAAGUUGCAGAUCCCCAGCGUGAAGGGCUUUGAUUUUGCCAAGCAGCACCUGGGCCAGCACAACAAAGACGACAUACUGAUUAUUCAUGAGCCAGCUCCACUGCCGGGACCUGUGAAGGACCACACCACGCCCUCGGAAAAUGGAGACGUCCCGAGCCCCAAGGCCAAGGUCCCCUCCAGGAAUGUCCGUCACCGAGGAAGAAUUUCGCCCUCGGAUGCCGACUCUACCGUGAGUGAAGAGUCCAGCGAGAGGGAAGCAGGAGAGAAGGCGCCGGGCGCAGCGAGCGACGGGCCGCCACCACCCAGCUCCGGGAACGAGCAGCACUCCUCCGCCUCCAUCUUCGAGCACGUGGACAGGAUCUCCCGCUCCUCGGAGGCCAGCCGGCGGGUCCCCAGUAAGAUCCAGCUGAUCGCCAUGCAGCCGAUCCCCGCACCUCCGGUGCACCACCCCGUGCUGGCCGACCGAGUGGCGGAGACCAACAAAAUCAACAAAGAGAUUCAGACGGCGCUGCGGCACAAGUCGGAGAUUGAGCACCACCGCAACAAGAUCCGGCUCCGCGCAAAGCGCCGCGGCCACUACGAGUUCCCGGUGGUGGACGAGCUGUCGUCGGGCGACACGCGAGAGCGACACCGGGUGUACCGCAGGGCGCAGAUGCAGAUCGACAAGAUCCUGGACCCCACGGCCAGCGUGCCCUCGGUGUUCAUAGAGCCCAGGAAGAGCUCUCGGAUCAAACGUUCUCCUAAGCCACGCCGGAAACAGCAGGUCAACGGCUGCCCUGGAGAUGCUGAGAAGGACAGGCUCAUCACCACAGACAGCGAUGGCACUUACAAAAGGCCGCCCGGUGUCCACAACUCUGCCUACAUCGGUUGCCCGUCCGACCCUGACCUCCCGGCAGACGCCCAGACGCCGUCUUCUGCUGAGCUGAGCCGCUACCCGGGCCUGCCCUUCCCGGCCCCCCAGUACGUCCCGCCCCAGCCGUCCAUCGAGGAGGCGCGCCAGACCAUGCACUCCCUCCUGGACGACGCCUUCGCCCUGGUGGCCCCCAGCAGCCAGCCUGCCAACGCUGCAGCUGCAGGCCCCGGGGUCCCAGCCAGCCUGCCCGUGAACAGCACCCCUUCCCGGGAAGAGAGACGAGCCACCCAGUGGGGGUCCUUCUACAGCCCAGCUCAGACGGCCAACAACCCGUGCGGCAGAUACGAAGACUACGGGAUGACGCCCCCAGCAGGCCCAUUGCCAAGAUCUGGUUUUAGCCCCAGUUUGCUGCAGUCCUCGGAGCUGGUGCCUCCCGAAACCCAGCAGCCUCAGGCAUCCGCUGAAGCCCCGUUCGCUGCCCGAGGGAUCUACUCCGAGGACAUGCCAUCGGUGGCCCGGCCUCGGCCCGUCGGGGGUACCACAGGCUCCCAGAUCCAGCACCUGACGCAGGUGGGCAUUGCGAGCAGAAUCGGAGCGCAGCCUGUGGAGAUGCCACCCAGCAGAGGCGGCCAGUACGGGGGCCCAGGCUGGCCUUCGUACGGGGAGGAUGAGGCGGGCCGGAGAGAAGCCACACACGUGCUCGGACAUCAGGAGUAUUCUUCUUCACCGCUGUUCCAGGUGCCAAGGACUUCAGGUAGGGAGCCCUCGGCGCCCCCGGGGAACACCCCGCAUAGGGGGCUGCAGGGCGCCGGGCUGGCCUACGCUGCCAGCUCCACGGAGGACCUGCAGCCCGGCCACUCCUCGGCCUCGCUCAUCAAGGCCAUCCGCGAGGAGCUCCUGCGGCUCUCCCAAAAACAGACCGCCGUGCACAGCUUCCACAGCUGAUGGGCCUCGCCUUGGACGUUUGCCAAGUAUCCGCUUCCCGUGGAAGCAAGACUCACAGGAAACCAGCCGCGGGGGCGCCUGCAGGGGGACCAGCGCCUCCGUGGCCCCGGGCCCGCGGAAGGGAGCAAGUUGCAAUUUGAGAAGAUGCCGUAUGUCACGUGGCAGCUCACGGAGCCUUUAAUGAGUUGGCAUUGUCGCGACCACCUGGGUUCAGUCGAGAUUUCCAUACUUCUUGGCCGAAAGCCAGCAGCACUCCCCGGAAGACAAACCACAGACCUCAGCCACCAGAAUUCCCAAGCCCCGUCUCCGUGGUCACGGCGGAAGAUGGACGUGUACGGAAUGUGUAGGGCCGACGGGAACCCGGCGUUUCCGUGGGAAGACGUCUUCGAGGCUGGCUUGUACGACGUACCUGCUGCUUCGUUUUCUGAGAGGAGAGGCCGGAAGACGUUUUAUGAACAGCUUACUUCCCUCUUGCUCCCCGUAGGAACUUAUUUUACUAGUAACUUGAACGGUGAGGACCCUGAGACCGUUCGGGCAUUUACAGAGCUACUAGUGAGGAACCAAAUGAUAGACCGUAGAGCCUGACAGUCCCAGUCGAAGCCAUCGCCUGUGUCUCCCCUCCCACUUCUGGUGCUACCGCUCCCAGGCGCCCCACCGUCGUCACGUCCGUGAAACCGACUUUGGCUUUGUCAGUGGAAACAUAUGUCGAAGGUUUCGUUUUGUUCUAGAAAGAAAGAAAGAAAAAAAAAAAACCCUCCCAGAUGAGGGGGGAGAGACGCUUACUAUUUAUUUGGUUGUUCCAAAUACAUGUCGAAGUUUAGAUUUACACGAUUCAUUGUAUUUGCUGUUUUGUAACGGGGCACGCGGACCUGCCGAGAGCCUCCCACUUCCAGCACACAUCACCUUCGAGGCCAGUCCUGUAGAGUGAGGAGGGUUCCCGGGGGCCCCUGGUGGUCCUUGCUCAUCGCCGAUGAGUUGCUCACAAAAUUGUGUUUGAAUGAGAAAUCUCCCGUAAGCAAAAAUUAUGUGUGAGCAUUCCUAGGACCCCCACAUUGUGAUUCGUGAGCACGUUCCCAGUGAUCACGUCUCUGUGCGUUCAAGACCCAGAAACAAAACUGAGUUCUCGCCUGCCUCUCUCUGCUCAAUCAAGAGCCACACAGGAGAGUUUGGGGAGCAAUGGGAAGGCGGGGGCUGCUCCUAGUGGCUGAUCUCAUUGCACUGGACUCUGCUGAGGGACUGUCGAAACCCCCUGUGCGCUGUGGGCCUGGCAGGGAGGGGGUGUCGUCUCCGUUGAAGCUUACUCCUCAAGUCACGAUUUCCCCACUUCCCCAGUUAGAGCGAGGAACGGGGCAGCCAGGGCCCUGAGUGAAGCUCAGACGAAAAACAAACUUAGAAAGCACAUUGCUCCUCUGAAUCCUUCUUACCCGAUCAGCUAAUACUUUAGACGGCAGAGACGCAGGCAGAACUGGGGGGCUCCAAUCAACCUCGGUGCCCAUGUUGAGAAUGCCAGAGCAGCUGGUAGGGCUUCUGCAGGGGAAUCACUGUCCCCACAUCAGCACUGUGCUCAUUGAGCCUGUCUGCAGCCUCACAGUGCAGGGCAAGGGGUUCUGGGAAGUGAAAAUGCGGCUGCUUGUCAUCUGCACGCCCCCGAGAGAGGAGGGCUGCGGGAGAGGAAGGCUCCAAAGGAUGUUAACUUAAGGAAGGGGACUCCUUUCCAGGCAGCCUUCACGAGCUCCAAGAGCGUGUGAGAGAAGGCCCCCUCCUGGGCUUGAUUUCUGGCCCUUGGUCUUGGUUGAAUACCCAGAGCGGAGAAUUCUCUUUGCGGGUCACUCAGAAAUACCAGGUUUCCUGAACGUGUUAAGGAUUUCAGACAUCUGCACAGAGUUGUGUUAUGGACACCCAGCAGUGAAUUCACAUCAUGUGGCGGCAGGUGGACUAAAUAAACACAGGCCCCCCUUCUCCCACUCUGCCUGGUGUGGUGUUUGCCCCUAAAAUCUGUCGCCUCCUUUGGACACCGCAGACACGGGCCUCUGUCUUAAAGGGGCUGCCGUGGCGACUGUGAUGCCUUUGAAACCGGCAUAAAAGGGUUCGACCUGUGUUGUUGUCCUUGGAAUUGAUACGCUUGUGAACGGGUGUCAGGACCAAAGAGACCCUGUAGCACCUGGUGGGGUGGGGUGUGGGGUGGUGUGAGCAGGCCCAUGGCAUCACCAGCACUCUUGUCUUGGUGGUAAAGCACACCCAGUUUGCCCUUGUUUUCUCAAGACCCGUGCCACGGGAGUUGUACCCGUCACCACACUCAGCACAGUCGAGCUGUCUCGGGGAGCAGUGCACGCACGUGGGUCUGCAGACACGCAGCGACGGCAGUCUGUUGCCAGGGGGUUCCCGCACGCUUACCACGUGAGCUUUGGAGUUCCGUUCAUUUGAGGCACUCUAAAAUGCAGAGUCAGAUUUUGGGGUCUCUCCUUAUUUUUAUCUUCAGAGUUCCGGCGGAAAUGCCACCAGCUAUAAAUCUGAGCCAGUAUUUUAGAGAAUGCUGUUUGGAGAAACAAUCAUUUCCAGAGUCGGCUUUGUCAGGCCCCUUCUCUGAGCCUUGUUCUCCCCAUCAGCCAGACAGAGGGCAGGCCUCCCUUGCCGCCUGCUAGGAUUUCUCGUUGUGAGAGUCAGACGUGACCGUGUGUGCACAUGUCCCUUGAGCAGGGAGCACGGAGUGCUGUGAAAAUGUAAAACGCAAUCUGUACGGUUGUGCCGGGGCGGACGAUCGAUGUGCUGUGACCUGCUGGUGACUGAGUUCACGGGCAGCUGCCCAGAGCAAAACGAAUGGCCUCGGGUGACUCUCCUUCCUCUCUCCCGUUUUGCUCUAACUUCACUUCCUUCUCCAUUAACGCACAAACAACAUUUACUAAACAUCUUCCAUGCUCCUGAUGUUCUGCCUUUUCUGGCCCCAAAUAUGUUGAACAGGAACCUUGCCUUCUGGGACCUUAGAAUCUAAGUCAGAUAACGCAGACGGGCGUGAAAGGUGGACGAUGCACAUCAGUAACAUGGCUUAAACAUCAGUAACGUUUGUUGGAAGUUCACGAGUGCGUUAGGUGCUCAGCGGGAAGAAGUGGAAGUUGUGUGUUUGGAAAUAAGAUCUUGGGGGGAAGUCAUCUUCAGCAGCAACUUCAGUGAGGACAGGGGGCUGCCCUGGGGAAUGGUGAUGUCAUGUGGGGAAGCUGAGUGUGGGCCCCGGAAGGAGGGAGAAAGUGGGCGGAGCUGUCCUUGAAAGUGAACUUGAUCCCGGCCUGCUACAAUAUGGGGACAGCAUUCCUUCUCAAACCGUCUGGGGAGUUUUAUAAGAGGAGGAAGCAGUGCUGUGAGUCUCCAUGUGCGGGGUACGACAGCGGAAGGACCCAGCCCGUGAAGAAGGUCUGCGGAGGAAGAGAUCCGUCCCGGAGAGACUCGAGCAGACCGCAGUCUGCCGAGGAGCCGAUGGAAAGCAGGCGAGUAGUGUAAGAGCUGCACCAUCGGCUCCGCUGCUCAGGGCAGACCUCGGCGGCCAGACAUCGGGCCAGUUUCAGUCCUUUGUGAAGCGUAAUGCGUUAUAAAUACAUACAUGUGAGUUCUUAAUAGCCACCAACAUUUUUUUCUCCAAGUCGGAUUUCAUUUCAGAGCAUGUUUCGCGUUUGGUGGCACAUGGUUUUUGAGCAGCAGACUAAGGGGGUUUUCGGCCAGCCAGGCUUUUCGGGGUGCAAGGCCUACGAUGCAAAGCACAGGUGAGGCAGAGCAAAGGUCUGCCUGAAGGCUUUGGGCCGAAACAAAUAAUUCUGUGCUUUCUGAGCCUCCACUGAACUGUGGACAGGGUCCGUGUUGACCGCACUGCACAGCGUCUCAGUGCUCCGGUGGGCCAGCCAGUCACUCGGACACUGAUUGGCGUGUGCAGUGACUCACGAGCUAAUCAUUGAAUGCACUCCUCAAUCCCUUCACGCCAGAGAUGUGAAAAAGUGUGUUGGUUGGAACGGAAGCUGGUUAAAGUCCUGGGCAGGCGGGUGGGGGCCUCUAGUCUUCAGAACCACACUGACUUCAGCUCUAGUUAAGUUUUAGCCAUUUCAUUUCUACCUCCAGAGCAAGCCUCCAGAGCCAGCCUCCAGAGCCUGCUUGUCCGCUUUUGUCCCAGACAGGAGCACAACAAAGUCCUCUUCUGUACCUGCAAACAGCCCUUUGACCACAAAGCCCGUUCUUAUGGGAUGGUAACUUGAACUUCGUCUUUACAUUUCAUCCAGCACAUUAACAGACAUUCUUGUAACAUGUGAGAAGGGUUUCUAUGAGCAUCUGCUGUACCGUACUCAUAAAAUGUAAUAGGCUGACACGUAAUACCGAAUGAGCAAGGAGUGUGCACAUUUCAGGUUUCUUUGGAUAUUUUUGGCUGUGAUUUUCAGUGUUUACUCAAGGACUCCUUUCUCUAACUCUAAAAAGAUUUGAAAACCGAAACCUCACGGUGCAAUCCUAAUUCCAGGCCCAAGUGUGUAAUGACACACUUGACAAUUCAUCUUAAGAACAUGCAGCAGCAUUGAAAUUUAGGAAAAGAACAUUUAAAUGCCUUUGGAAAACAAAAAACAAUGUCAGGAGCCCGUGAGUGAGUGAGAAGGAAUGAAUGUGCAAAUCUGAGGAACUCGAGUCCGUAUUGGUGUCCCACAGGGUAGAUAAUCGUGCAGGUGGCUUGCUUUUUUCCCUCCUUCCAGGUUUUUCUGUUCUGGGGCCACUUUGGAUUUAAAGAAAGGGUGAAGGGACAGAGAUAAAAAUAGUGAUUUGGGUCUUGCGGUCCCUGAAUUCCAUGGAAUCAUUCUGGACAUCUUGGAGCAUCAUGCCUACCAGAUUUCGUGCAUUUAUAACUCGACUCCCUAGGUGUGCAAGUCAGGAGUAGUACAGGGCCAAGUUUAAGUCAGAUGCCCUGUACUGCUCCUUCUGCAGAUGUGGGGAAAGAAGGAGGUGCUGGAGGAACAGAAGCUCCACCAAUGAACUCAGUUGCUCUAAGCACCAGAGGGCUCAUUUCAGAAAAGGGGAGUAGACUCCAGAGGAUCCUCUAGGGAGCAUGGAGAGUGGGCUAGCCUUCCCCUCACAGGAAAAGUUGCUUAGCAGAGCUGCUCUGGGAUGCCCCCUUGUCUCCUCCUCCUUUGUCAAGGUCCAUAUUCUUCUGACUCUCCCUGCACUCCCAUUCCUAGAUUAUGAGUGUUAAUGUACGAAAAUACACAGAGUGCAUUGAGGCCACUUGUGGCAUCGGUACUGCAACUUGAACUUGACAAUCAUGGUUUGCUGGUCUCACACGGGCACUUAAAUUUUGCUAUGGGUGUACGAUUUAGUAACUGAAUCUUCCCUUCUAUUUGUCGGUUAUGUUUCUUCCCUUCAAUUAGCUGCACUGUUUUCUAAUGUGCUAUAGAGUUUUUUGAAAUAAUUUAUGCAAGUGUUUGGUUUCCAUGUUUACAAUUUAUACAGCUUUCCUAGCAUUUUAAAUGGAACUGUCAAUAAAUGCUACAAAUUGG